GAUAAGGCGACACCUCUCGCGGUUCUGCCGUCAUGGCCGUCGUCGAGGAGUUCGAUUACUUGUGCCGCCUGUGCGCAGCUAAGACGGGCAUCCUGAUGGGCCUGCCGAUCUUCGAGGCCGGCGAUCAGAUGCGCAACAUCGACAAGAAGAUAGCAGCCUGCUUACCGGUUCAGGUGUCGUUGACAGAUCAGCUGCCUAAGGUGGUCUGUGAAGAGUGCGCGUUCAAACUGGAUCAGUUGUUUGAUUUUCGUGAGAAAUGUCUACAUACAGAAGGAAUGUUUAUGGAAAUGCUGAAGGAGAUUGGCAAGGAAGAUGUCGUGCAUAUAUCUGAACAUGACUUGGCAAGCGUAAAUAAUAUGGGCACAAUUCAGAGAAACCUGAACAACAUACAGAUGAACGGUGAGGAUGUACAAAGUCACACAACUGUAGUUCACGAGGCAGCAGAAUCCACUAUACAUACGAUGCAAGUAAUGGACGAAAUGGACCUAGCCGGUGGCGAGCAAGUAGUCUCCCAGGAAGAAAUAGGCCAACAAGAUGCAGACAUCCAAGUCACGGGUAUCGACUGUCUAGACGGUGAUACCGUGAGAAUGGUGGAUCAACAUAUGAGAGAAGUUUCGAACCAUCAAAUUGCAAUGCACUUAGAUGGUGACAUGACUGUAGUAGGAAACUUGAGUGGCCCUUUGAGUCAGUUAGGGAUAAAUUAUGUUACUUCAAUCAGUGCCACGGAUCAGAGCCAGGAACAGAUAGUACAUUACUGUGAAAAUGUAAAAUAUGAAACAGGACCAAUAAAGCAGGAGUACCAUAGAUUGCAAGAUAGAUUAACCACAGAGGAGCCGCAGCAUGUUCUUGAAAAUAAUGUAUCGGGGGACAACUUUACAACCUCGCAGGAUGAAACAAAGAAUAAACUGGAAGAAUCUUGCAUGAACGAAAAUGGAACUGGCGAGCAUGUCGAUUCGGUAAACGCUUUGCCGUCUACAAGUCAGAUAAACGGUGUACCUUGUGAGAUAAUGGUCAAAUACACGAAGAGAACGAAGCGCGCGUUGCUGGAAUCUACGCUGAGCAAUCCCACCAUAGACGAGACCGGUUCGCAUUGGUACGUGUGCCCGUUCUGCAACGAGGCAGCCCUGGAGACGACGAAUUUAGCCGCGCACUUCGAGCAGCAUUUCUGUUGCUGUCCCUGUGGUUUGUAUUUUACUAGUGUCGAGGUGUUAAGUUUACAUAAGGAACAAUGCGAUGUAUAUAAGAACAACGUAGUCGAUAAUAAGGAGAAGAAGGACGCACAAUUAGACGUGGCGGCAGCAGUACCGUCGCAAGAGAGCAAUGACAAUCCGGGCGAGCAGAAGAAGCAAUCGACGGUGAAGCGCAAAUGGACCGCGAAAGAGUGCACGGAGUGCGGCAAACAGUACAGGACAAACUACAAGCUGCAGGAGCACAUGCGCAAGCAUACAGGCGAGAAACCGUUUCAGUGCACCAUGUGCGGCAAGGCGUUCCGCAGUAAAAUCGGUCUCGCGCAACACGCGGCUACGCACACCGGUCAGUUCGACUACAGUUGCUCCACGUGCGGCAAGGGAUUCCAGUGCAAGAGCUAUCUCGUCGUACACCAAAGAGUCCACUCAGAUCUGAAGCCGUACCCGUGCGAGAGGUGCGGCCAGAACUUCAAGACUAAGCAGUCGCUGCUGGACCACGAGAACCGCCACCUGGGCGUGAAGCCGUACAGCUGCGAGACUUGCGGCCGCGGUUUCAUCACCAAGGGCCUGUGCAAGAGCCACCAGAAGAUACACUCUGGCACGGACAAUCGCCAGUUCCCGUGUACGGUGUGCAACAAGAUGUUCGUCAGCAAGAGUUACCUCAACACGCAUCAGCGCAUCCACACGGGCGAGAAGCCGUAUCUGUGCGAGGUGUGCGGCAAGGGAUUCCUCACGCGAGUCGACCUCAAGAUCCACUCGACCAUGCACACCGGCGAGAAGAGCUUCAAAUGCGAGAUGUGCGGUAAGGUGUUCGCGCGACGUGCGGCCUUGCGGUGCCAUCGACGGUCGCACACGGGUGAGCGACCGUACAGAUGCGACGUUUGUGGCAAGACGUUCACGCAAUUCAGCCCGAUGACCAUCCACAAGCGCCUGCACACUGGCGAACGGCCGUACAAGUGCGACGCUUGCGGCAUGGCCUUCGUGUCCAGAUCGACGAUGAUGUGCCACAGGAAGAAGCAUCACGUUACAACGACUACUGUACAAAAGGAGGCGCCUGUGCCGCACAACGAGGAUGCCGAGGUCAAGAUCAUCCUCUCGUCUGAAAUCGUAGUCAGAGAUUCGUUCGACGCGAUCCAAAUCAGCGUAGAUUGAAGGUAGAUCAAGCGAAAGAGGAUCACACGCGCGCAUUCUGUAAAUCGUGUUUGACCGCGGCACGAGAUCCCGGUGCUAAGGAAAUUUGUUGGAUAACGAACGACUUUUUGUCACCACAGUGUAUUCUACAGUGUACAUUCAAAAACUUUAUACAAAGAUAUUUUUACAAGGAAUAGUACUCGCGGUACAUGAAGAGGAUACGAUCGCAAAUUAUAUACUAGAUGAUUGAGAGACAUGGUUUUCUAACGAUAUUGUCUUUGAAUUUUUUCGAGCCAUCAUUGUAAUUUCAUGUAAAUAUAUCUUUUAUAUUAAUUUCUGUAUCGUUUUCUCUGUUACAUUAAAAACAAUUAUUCAUUUCUUAAAUCAGGAUAUAAGCAAACAAACGCCUUCUUUGUGAUUCUUCGAGAGAUCACAGCAAAAUCAUUAUAUGUACUAUUUUAAUUUAUACUUAAAUCGUACUCUUUACUUUCUUUGAGAAAAUAUUUGUAAUUUUGAAAGAUUAUGAUAUAAAACUGUCGCAUUCGUUGAUUUUUUAAUACUCAGAAAUGUACUUUGCUACUCGAAAGUAUAACAAAUUUUAGAAAGUACUAAUGUACUUGCGAUAAAGACGAAUUUAAUAAACAUAAUCCUUUUUAGAACGCUACAGAGAAAUACUUGAGAAAUACUAUUGUGCGUUUUGUAGGAUACGAAUUUAGCAGUACUCAUUUAUCGAACAAGAGAUUUUAGAUAGCUAACAACAAUAGUUAAACAUGUUUUAUAGCAGCAUAUGAUUUACGAUUUAAUAUCAUGAAUAAUAAGUUUCAAUAAAAAGAUAUAAAAACGUAAGAAAGAUAUAUUCGUGAUGAUUUGAGAUCAUAUCGAUAAAGUACAGAAUUUCAUUUCUUCAUUCAUUUCAUUCUGUUACACGCUCACAUAUAUCGUUCGUGUAUUAAAUUUCUUAGAUUAUGUUACAUUAUUUAUAUACUUCUCAAAAUCUCUAUCUAUGUCAUAAAAGAGGAACACAUUAUGAAAACCACAUUAUAAAAAUAGUAAGAUAUUUUCUUACAUACAUCAACAACAACAAGAUUUAACGAACAUUUAACGAAGGCUGAUACUUCUUGAUGAGAUAUUACGCGAUGAUGAUUAUCUUCUUGCAAUCGCAAAUUUUCGGUAAACUUGAGGAUCCAAGAAAGUAGAUAUAUCAUCCUGAAUAUCGAUAUGGAUUUCUAUAUGCAGCUAUUCAAAUAAAACUCAAAUAAGAAUCAGCUUUCUGCACACUACACAAAGUAGAAUUGUGAUAUAAUAAUUGAAUAUAUAAUUGAAUAUAUUCAAAUAAGUGAAUAUAUAAUUUGUAAGAUUGUGAUGAUUGUAACAUUAUUAUUGACGAAAACUCUUUGAGGGAAAUAUAAAGAGCUUUACACUUA